AUGAUGGAAGAGAUCGACUUCGAGCUGUGUCUGGGCGUGGAGAAGCACGCGGCCAUCGCUCGUCGUGAGAAGAACAUGACCUCGUCCUUCGAUAGCGUGAAUGAAACAACUACACCGAAUCUGAAAAGUCCCCGAUUGCGCGAGAGACAAAUCGACGAACACGAGCAGGGAAAAGACGAAGUACGUGAACGUGAGACCGAGACAGGAAGUGAACGUUGUGCGCAAUCGAAUAAGAGGACCAAAAUCUCUGCGUCUGGGAGCUGGCGUGAGGGAGACCAGGCGUGGUCUGACAAGGGAGCUGCUUUGGAUUCUGUCAAUUCGUCAUUUUCUAGCCUGUUCUCGUCUUCUUCUACCGAGACGGUCGAUAUUUCUGCGACUGCGAUUAGCCGCGACUCCUUCAAUCACGAUGAAAAAGAACAAGACGAAGAGCAGUCUAAUGCCUAUUCACCACUGAGCAGUACUUUUAGGAAACUUCACAUCCACGAAUACGGAGCCCCUCCAUCCAGCGACAGUGGCUUCACCAUCUACGAAGACCCAGAGGAUAGAGUGAUCCGUGACUUUGGUUUCUACAUGCCGGAGGACUGGUAUAGAUACCCGGAGGAUGAUAAGGAAAAUACAGAUGGACUCGACGACGAGGACGAAGAAACUAGUGUCGAGGAGUCUGAACUGUUCGGAGGCGAAGAGAUAGACCACCAGCGGCCACGCCGUCGUCAGCACUUUGAUCACUCGCAGGAUACGCGGAUGUACUAUUACCACGACGUCCAAUGGAACAGUCCAAGCAUCUCCGUUGACGAGUAUACGGACACGGGUGGAGAAAUAAGACUUACAGAAAGAAAUCCUCAUCUUCGCUAUUUCAACAGUAGGAUGGUCUCGUUCAGUGAAGGUGAAGAACUUUCUUCUUUCCGGGAAGUCAGAGGGGCGACGGAAACAAUGUCAUUUCUUGGGGCUCCUCCGCGGCGGUUCUUGGGACGUGGACGUCAGUAA